AUGCAGCAAGACGCCAAGAUCCUCAUCGUGGGCUCCGGCGUCUUCGGCCUGUCGACGGCGCUGUGGCUCGCGCGCGCCGGGUACCGCCGCGUCACGGUGUUCGAUAUGCAGGACACCAAGACCGCUGGGUAUGACCCCGGGGCGGGCAUCGAGUCCGCUUCCGCGGAUAUCAACAAGAUCAUCCGCUUCUCGUAUGGUGACGAAAUCGAGUACCAGCGGCUCGCGUCGCAGGCCGCUGAGAUAUGGGACGAUUGGAAUCAAGAGAUUGCUCGCCUGGCUGUGGACAGACGAGAUGAGUUGCCGGAGGUCUUGCGGAAGGGUGAGCCGAAGCUUUGGUAUCAGUGCGGAUUCCUGCGCAUGGGGGCCGGCAGCGAGUUUUCUGAUUAUGAGAUUCAGACGCUUCGGAAUAUGGAGAAGGAAGGCGUUAGGGCGUCCCAGUUUAAGAGCGAUGAUGAUGCGGAUAUCGAGAGAGCCUCGCGUACUGGCUGGGCUCAUAAACUAGACGCUUGUCGGCGACAGGAAAGAUUCGGCGUACACAAGGCCGUCUUGGAUUCCUCUGCCGGCUUUGUCGUCGCGUAUAAGGCCUGUGCGUGGGCACAACACUUAGCGAGGAAAGAGGGCGUUGAAUUCAUCUUGCAUUCUACCAAGGGGAGAGUCGUAGACAUUGAUACGUCUAAUCCCAACAAACCUGCCGUUCAAACUGCGGAUGGCGUGACGCAUGAGGGAGAUUUAGUUGUUGUAGCUGGUGGAGGCUGGACUGCGGGAUUACUACCCGAAGCAGACGGGCUUAUCGAGACAACAGCUGGCUCCGUAGCGACUAUUCAAUUACCAAAGGACCGACAGGACCUCUGGGAACGCUUCGCACCGGAGAACUUCCCCGUGGUGACAUGGGGUAUGCACGAGGGCAGGGUGAAUGAUAAGGAUAUCUACAGUUUUCCUAGAGACGAGAACGGCGUGAUCAAAAUCGGCUUUAGAAAAACGAAAUGGACCAACUUUGGCGAUGUUGCUGGGAAGAGGGUAUCGGUUCCCAAGGCCGUCCAUGUCAAGGAACCCAAUAUCCCAAUCCCUGCACUCGAGGCCGUCAAAGAGUAUAUCUCUGUGAACCUCCCCGAGCUCGCUGAACUCGGGAUAUCCUCCACACGGCUCUGCUGGUAUACGGAUAGCAUCGACAACUCCUUCGUGGUAGAUUUUGUGCCGGGUCGGCCGCGUGUCGCGGUCUGUUCUGGGGGUAGCGGUCACGGAUUCAAGUUCUUGCCUAUCCUGGGACGCGAAGUCGUCAAGAUAUUAGAGGGCAAAGGCAUCGAGACAGUGUAUGGCCGGAUGUGGAAGUGGAGAGCGAGUGAUAAGGAGAAGAGAAAUGGGCUUGAAGAAGGGGAGGAUGGUCCUAGGGUCUUGGAGAAGCAGCUGAUGGCAAGUCGAGAUGAUUGGGUGUUCCGUGAAAAUGUUUCUUGA